GAACAUUGUUUGUGUUUAGUGUUUUCCUCCCGCUGCAGCUACGAAUUGGUACUCGUCCUAAAUGGAUUCGGUCGAUAGUUCGUUUGAUUUAGAAAAUCCAUUAUGUGUUCGGCGUGUGUACAAAUUGAUUGUAAACCGCCAGAAAGAAGGCAAAGCUGUCGAGAAUAUUAAGGAAAUUGAACUGCUGAAACUCCAAUGCAAAGUAACCAACGUGCAAACAUGUGUCCUUGGUUGCCAGGCAUUCGUAAGUUUGGUCGAGCGAGGAGUCGUCGAAUCUGGGACGGUUUUGGCUGUAAUGGUGUCCUUACUUCCGAAAUCGACUUUUGAGCAGUACUCGGCGCUAAUUGAUGGAAUUUUCAAUGUUUUACUAUUUGAUCUAAAGCGAGAUAUCGCAAAAAUGAAAUCGAAUCAAAAAUACAAAAGUUCGUAUGGACUAAAAACGCAGCAACACCCCGUGAUUGCCAUAAUUGAUAAAGACCCCGUGCGUUUAUCCUACCUAAUCGAUAAAAUUGUCGGAGUAUGUGACCAUCCUGACGAGAAGAUUAGGGACGAAUGUGUGGAGUUUCUGCGACCAGCCUUGUUGUAUAUUAUAUGCAAUCCGGAGACGCUUCCUCAUUCAGAUUCUAUUUGGACGUCACUUUUGACUCACUCCGCGAAUAGCAGAACUUCUGAGUUAAUCAGUGAGAUUUUAUCGUGGUCUAAGAUCUCAUCACCUGGAACGUGCCUUCAAACCAGUAUUUUUCUCAUAAAAAUGCUCAACAGCCUCAGUCCCACGGAUGAUUCUAAGUUAAUGCGGGACUUAAUUCUAUAUCUUGUAGUAGUUUCAAACCAUCAAUUAAUUUAUGGAAUGAAUCCCACUCGAAAUUUUCAAUGUAUCCGUAAAGUUUUAACUUCUAUUCCUGAGCCGAGUGAAAAUUACUACAACGUACUUCUCGUACUCCUCUCAAACACCCUUCAUCAGAUUUCUCCAGCGAAUUUCGUGGACAUAAUGGAAAUAAUUUUUGAUAUUAUAAGAAAAGGAUGUUGCAGGAAUAAGUAUAUCCAAAAUAUGGUUCUUGAUGGUAUUAUUAAAUGGAUGACGCAUCCCGAUUUCAUCACACCAAAUGCCCUGUCUAUAGCCCAUUCUAUUGUAAAAACGAUCGUCGAACGAGACGAUAACUCUGCUCAAUCAGCACCAGCUAUCAAAGAUCCUAAACUUACUGUUACGAAUUAUCAUCCUGAUAUUUCCGUUGCCUAUGAUAUUGCACAUUUAACAGAACAGUUCGAAGAGACGAAUCAUAAGAAUGUUUUCAACUUCAUUGACACUCUAAAUACUAGAGGGGACUUGAAUUUGAACAAGCAGCUGGUCUCGCUUUUGCGUGCAAUCUUUUUAUCUAAAGAUAUUUCCAUUGAUUGUUGGUUUAAAGUUUACCAACUGAUUCUAUCAAUUGUCAUAAGUAGAGAGGAGUCCGCGUUGAGUUUUUUAAUGACAUUCUUAUAUAAACUUUCGACGGAACCAUGCCCAGAAGUCCAACUGGAGUUACUCCGCGGACUUCCUUAUUUCGCUACAAGGAAGGAGAGCAUUCCUUUUAUCCUCAAUACGUUCGAUCUUUUGAGUACUGGAGUCAAUAUAAAUGUUUGCAUGGAUUUGUAUGCUAGAUUAUGGAAGAUAGAGGACCGGACGUACCCAUUCUUGCAUAAGUUGCUGUGUGCACCGUAUGACAACAAAUGUUCGGAGUUUGAAUUUUACAUUACUAAGUCAAUGACGAUAAGGGAUGUCUGUAUUGCAAAGCCCUCGCAGCAUGGUACAGACUUGGUCCCUAUUCUUUCUCAUAUUCUCAAUCAUUGUUCUUCAGAGGAAGGUGACGUGGCGACAGCUAUAGCCUUGGAUGCAAUAACAGCUCUUUGCGAGAGCAAUACAGUAAGCAUCCUGUCGACCUGGAAAGUUUUGAGUGGAAAAUUUCGUCAAGAGAAACGAAUCGCUUCACAAAAGAGCCUUUUCAAGUUCUUUUCGUACAUUCCGACUUUUCACAAUGCAUCUGCCGCCUAUGAAAAUGUCGUGGAUGAAGUUUUGAGUCAUCUUUGGUUUUUCAUUACUCGGUCGGAUUGCAAUGAACUUAUUAAAGCAGCGUUAGAAGCUUUAGGCCACUUUCAGCCUGGAAAAGUGAUGUAUUUCAAGCAUAUACCACAACAAUUUCAAGUUGCAACCAAACUAAAAGGCAAGGAGCUUGAAAUAACUGACGGGUUGGCUUGGCAGGCUGUACCUGGAGAGUGCUGGAUAGAACUUCUGAAAGGAAUUAAACCUAAAUGUAAAGCAUACGUUGCAGAUCUGAUUUCGGACUACAUAGAGUUUGAAAUAGCUGAAUAUCGUAGUGGAGUGUACAAUCUACCAGAGCAUAUGCCGGAACCGAAGAAGUUACUUACCCUAGGCAGUGGCAGUACAUUACGAGCCGUUCUCAACUUUUUGAUAAAGCAGUCACGGUUUGAGAAUAAUUCGAUUGACGAACUGCUUAUAAUUAACACGUUGAGAGCCAUUUCUCGCAAAUUUUCAAAACCUAUUCCGCCCCUUGAUUGGUCUUUCCUACAAUGUUUCUUUCACAUCGGAUUCCAGACUAGAAAAUAUUGUAUAUUGAUUGCAACAAAUCAAAUGGAACAUUCAGGAACAGCGAAAAGAUUACUGGAGAAUUUCUUAAUUGAUUUCGAACCGAAUUGUUUUGAAGAGGACCUACUCCUCCUUUUGGGACUAUUGCCGGUCGUGUCAGGAAAAAUGCCCACUCAAGUGCUGAAGGUUUUUGCUGAGAAAGUUGCCAUAUAUUGUUUCAAGGAGUCGCAGAUAAAUGGAUUCAGUGAAGGUUGUCUUUUCGAAAAGUUUUUGGAAAACGUGAAAUAUGUGUUCACCCAAAAAAAUCAGGAACCAGAGGCGCUGGAUAUAUUUACAUUGAUCAUUGGACGAUACAUGGAUUCUAUGGAGCUUGAUUCUAGGAUUUUUCAAAAAUACACUGAAGUGGUCGCAUGCCUGCAUCCGCGCUCAAUUGAUGGGCUCACAUCUCCAACAACUUGGUGGGAAGUACCCGUUGGGAAGCUGAAAAAGGCUACAGUAAUUCGCUGCUAUCUGGCCCUGAAUAAUCGAAUUCUGGAUAAUCCUCUGUCAUGGCUUGAUCCCAUCGUUGAUGUAUUUGUGGGUCAGAAGGGCGAACAUACAUUUUUAUUCCAGCAUUUAGCUGCUACUCUUUAUGCUUUCAAGUCGGACAACCAUGCGUAUGAUUGGAUAAUGGAUUUGUUUCGGCAAAUACAGAUUUUGCUCGCUGACUCUGGGAACCAGACGAAUAAUGAAAAGAUCUCAUUUCUAGUCGAUGUGUGUGUAGUAAGCAUUGUGGCCUUCUCUGGUUACAUUGUUAUUUUGGAAGAGUUUACGGCGAUUGCUUCUGCGAGAAAUACCAGGAUUAUGGUUUUCCCACAAAGCGUUAAUCUUCUGCUUGAACGUGCCUUCUGGAAGAGCAACGAAGCUAAAGUGCUAGAUAUUUUCUACGCUAUGUACAAAAAUAAUUCGAUCCCUGAGUGUUACUCAAAUAUGUUCAAAAACGCGAUCACUUGUCUGCGUAACAAGCCUUGCUUUGAAAGUAAGAAUAUUUGGACGAAGUACGUUGGAAUGAGAAAGUGAUCAGGUUCACAAACAUUGAAUGCUUCCGAAAUGACCUCUUAAAUAGGUGAUGCUACACACCUGCCUUCCUUGUCGAAUCUUUUAUGCAUGCUAUUUUUGGAAAAAGCACGAUACGCUUGUUUUUAUUAUAUGGCACCGAAGAAUGCAAUUAAACAUAUUUAGUAAUCGAG